AUGAACUACCGGAUGUCACACUUGAUGUACAUGGACGACCUAAAACUAUACGCUAUUAACGAACAUCAGUUACAAAGCAUGCUUGAAUUAGUCAGUAGAUUUAGCGAGAAAAUCAAAAUGGAAUUUGGACUGAACAAAUGUGCUGCAGCUCAUUACAAAAAAGGGAAAUUAAAAGGCACACCGAAUAUAAAGCUAAUGAACGAAGUAGAAAUCAACACUCUCAAAGAACCAGCUUACAAAUAUCUAGGCAUGUUGCAGACCGGCCAAAUUAAAGACAGAACAAUGAGAGAUAUUACUAAAGAAAAAUAUUUAAAACGUGUGAAAACAGUUGUCCGAACAUACUUGCCUGGAAAAGAAAAAAUUAUAGCAAUUAAUAGCUGGGCAGUACCUUUAAUUACCUACACAUACGGUGUGCUGAAGUGGAGCGAUACCGAAGUGAAGGAAAUGGAUAGAGCUACUCGUAAAAUAUUAACGAAGAACCGAAUGCAUCAUCCUAUUGCAUCCACUGCAAGAUUAUACUUACCUCGAACAAAUGGGGGCAGGGGACUUUCUAACCUAGAGGAUAUUUGCAGAAAACAAGUAAUCAGUUUACAAAAAUAUUUUAACAACAAAGAAACCACUUUACAUCGAGCAAUAAGAACCGUUGAUACAGGAUAUUCAGUCUUAAACCUAGCUAGAAAUGAAAUCACUGAUAGAUCACCACUGAGUGUAGGCGACAUAGUGCAAGAAUUAAAGGGCAAGGCGUUACACGGAAAAUACUUUACUGAAUUGGAUGCAGAUUGUGUAGACAAAAGUAAAUCAGUAAAAUACCUAACGGAAAUUCCACUUACCGGCGAAACUGAAGGGUUUAUAUGCGCUAUUCAAGAUCAGGUGAUAGCUACAAGAUCACACAGAAAGUUUGUUCUGAAAGAAAACAUAACGGACAGAUGUAGAAUGUGUAACCAAUUUUCAGAAUCCAUACAACACAUAAGUUCAGGUUGUCCCACGUUAGCACCAACUAGUUAUACAGAAAGGCAUAAUAACAUAGCAAAAAUAAUCCAUUUAGAACUGUCACUAAUUCUUGGUUUACAGUCUGUGCAGACGAAGUAUUUUAAUUACACCCCAGAACCUGUAAUGGAAAAUAGCAGCCAUAAACUAUAUUGGGAUACACUUAUUUUACCAGAUAAAACAGUAUUACAUAAUAAACCCGAUAUACUCUGGAUAAACAAAUACAAGAAAGAAUGCUUCAUAAUUGAUAUAGCCGUACCAUUAGACCAGAAUCUUCAAAAAACUGCAACAGAAAAAAUACAGAAGUAUCAAGAUCUUGCAUAUGGAUUAAAAAAAGUAUACCAGCUCAAUAAAGCCAUUGUUUUACCUUUUGUAAUCUCUGCCAAUGGACUUAUUCAUAAAGAUUUUACAAGGAACACGGAAUUAUUGAAAUUAAACCCACAGCUUACCAACGAGUGCUUAAAAGCAGCCAUAUUGGGAACAGUGAGAAUUGUCCGAAAAGUGCUUAAUAUUUAG